AUGAUGCCCAAACAGGAGAAGAAAUCUCGCAUAGGGACGGUAGCCACCUUUGCCGCUAUUGCCCCGUAUCCUGCGUCCAGCAGGUUUGACAAUUUGUUCUUUGACUUGGCCACCAUUGCCAUUAGCGGGGUCUCCCUGAAGUUCAUUGACUCGAUUGGUGAGAACGUGAACCUUAUGCUUGAGGUUGUCAAUACCUCCGUGAAGUUCUCCGACAUGUCUACGGAGGCCUUCCACUUCGGGAGGAAUACGUUCUGCUAUAUGCUUCAGAUUGAAGCCUUCGCAACCCUGCAAUAUCAUCUCAGCAUUGUGGACAUCACCCGCUACCUGUGCAAACUCUUCGCUCACUUUGGAAAUUCGACGUUGAGUUUGAUUUGUUUCGGUUCUUGCGUUUGGAGGUUCCACUGCUGCUGA